AUGUUGAUGGGUGGUUCGGAAACAACAUUCCUUCUGCUUUUACUGUUGCUUGCCAAAGGGUACACCGUAACUAGAGGACGACUACCUUUGGCUGCAAGUGUCAAGCUUACAAUCUUCAUGUGCCUUUACAUAGUUACUUAUGUCACCAUAUUUAUAUAUGAGGCAAAGGUGUUUGAUCCUGGAGAAGUACUAUAUCUCUAUGAAUCACCAGCAGGUUAUGGACUAAUCACCCUUCGAGUUAUGGCAUGGUGUAUGUUUAUAUAUUCCACGAUCUUCACAUUGAAACAUUAUCCUGAAAAGUGCAAUUUCUACUACCCAUUUAACCUGUUCGGUACCAUAUGGUUUAUUGCGGGACCAGCAUUCAUUGUAUCUGCAAAUACUUAUAUUGACAAAUGGGUUAGGGAGUCUGUCGUAUGGGCUGUACUACUACUCAUAGCUUAUGGUGGACACUUGAUGUUCCUGAUUUUGACAACUCCAUCGGUGGCAAACAAGAACUUCCCUUACCACGUAAGAACCACACAAAUUGGUAUAAUGGAAGUUGCUGGUGGAGGUGGAAUGGAUCAAUUCAAUCACCACAUGUAUGAACCGACAACGACGAUUCGAGAGCAAACGGUGAUUAUACCACUGACAAAGAGGACUGAAGAGAUCUUUGAAGGAAUGUGUACUCAGAGAGCGUUCAGUAAAACUUCGCAGAAUGGGAUCAUUCAAAAAAUGGAUGAGCCUCCAGCAAAAGAUGCGACUAUUGAAAAUGUGCUCAGUUGGUCUAUAGCUAAAAAGAUACCUGCUGCAAUCGAACUGCCAGCUCUUGAGAGAAACGACAGAAGUUCAUUGGGUUCAGAUAGUUCUCUAACACCAGAACACAGUAACUCAUUAGCAAUAUUGAGCAGAGGGUCUUCGUUUAGGCAAACUCUCAACGGGAUGAGGAACCAGAUAGACGAUUAUGUCAAGGAAGUGCCAAUAGAACUAUUUACGGUUAGCAAGAUGGUGGUUAUGAGCAAUAAUAAUGCAAAAAAAUCCCACGAAGACCAUGAGGAUUGACGAAUUCACGUCUGCACCACUUUCAUAUAUAAUUUUGUAAUAAGUUCCACUAAGUAUGAUGUAAAUACACUAGUUUUAUACGUAUUAAGAUUUCAUGGUAAUUAAUUUUCUUAUUUUCUCUAUAAUAAAUUGCAUUUAUUUGAAA